AGCCCUUGCUUAGUCCAGGGCAGAGAGCCAGAGGCGAGGAUGAGCUUGGAGGCUGGGAAGAAGCGGGGCCGCCCUGCGGCCUCCGGAGACAAGAAAGCCAAGCGGAAGCUGAAGAGGAAGGAGACCUACUCGGUUUACAUCUACAAGGUGCUGAAGCAGGUGCACCCGGACACGGGGAUCUCCUCGAAGGCCAUGAGCAUCAUGAACUCCUUCGUGAACGAUGUGUUCGAGCGCAUCGCCAGCGAGGCGGCGCGCCUGGCGCAGUACAACAAGCGCACCACCAUCACCAGCCGCGAGGUGCAGACGGCCGUGCGCCUGCUGCUGCCCGGAGAGCUGGCCAAGCACGCCGUCUCCGAGGGCACCAAGGCCGUCACCAAGUACACCAGCAGCAAGUGACCGCUGUGCCCCAAUAAACCGCACUGCUGCCCCCACACCGCUGCGUCCUGUCUGGGGGGGUGGGCUGCGCCCUCUGGGGACCCCUGCGACCUCCAGGGCCCUGAUGUCACAGGGGGGGCAUUGUGUGGUCCUUGGUCUCCAUGGGAAUGGGCUCCGGGGUGUUUCCCGUGGUGCUGGAGCAGUGCCCGCCCGGGGCAGGCGUGCGCUGGGUUGGCAGGAGCCAUGUCCAACCGGUGAGACAGGAUGAAACUGGUGCUGUUGGGACAUGAGGGG